GCCUCCGCAGCACGGGGGGAGCGGGAGCCCCGGGGCACGCGUGACAGCAGGUGACACAGCCACCCGCGGGGGGACACUGCGUGGCCAUGGCCGCCUCUUGCCGUGACAUGGGAGCCUGGUGCAUGUCGUGACAGCGGGUGGCCAAAGCCACCCCAUGGUGCAUGCUGUGACAUUGGGUGACAAAGCCACCCUGCGAUGUGACACAAGGUGAGCAAAGUCCCUCCACGGUGCUCGCUGUGACACUGGGUGACCCAAGCCACCCCACUCUGCAACACGGGUGACCAAGCCGUCCUGCACCAUGACACCAGGUGAGCAGAGAGCCUGGUGGGCGCCGUGACACUGGGUGACCAAAGCCACCCCACAGCACAUGCUGUGACACUUGGUGUCCAAAGUCACCCCGUGCCGUGACACCAGGCGAACAGCUGGCCUGGCACAUGCUGUGACACUGGGUGACAAAGCCACCCUGUGCAACCCAACCCCGCGUCCCCAACCCGCCAUGCCAGGGGUCACAGGCACGCGGGUGCCCCGUGACACCGGGGGGCUGAGCACGGCCAUGGGGGGUGCUGGGGGGCCAGUGUCCCCCCUGCCCCUGCUGCUGGCCCUGGCGCUGCUGUCCCCACGUGUGCUGGGGGGGAGCUGCCCCCCGCGCUGCGUCUGCGCCUCCAACAUCCUGAGCUGCUCGCAGGCGGCGCUGAGCACGGUGCCGUCCCCGCUGCCGCGCUUCACCGCCGUCCUCGACCUGAGCCACAACAACGUCACCCGGCUGCGCGCCGACUGGGCGCCGGGGCGGCUGGCACACCUGCACGCCCUCCUGCUCAGCCACAACGGGCUGUCCUUCGUGUCCACCGAAGCCUUCGCCCACGUCCCCCACCUGCGGCACCUGGACCUCUCCUCGAACCGGCUGCGGGCGCUGGAGGAGAACCUGUUCAGCGACCUGGCCGAGCUGGAGGUUCUCCUCCUCUACAACAACGAGAUCUCCACCGUGGACCGCACGGCUUUCGAGAACCUCGGCCGGCUCCGCAAGCUGUACCUGGGGCAGAACCGCAUCGCCCGCUUCCCCCUGGAGCUGCUGCGCGACGGCAGCCGCCUGCCGCAGCUGGCCCUGCUCGACCUGUCGGCCAACCGGCUGCGCGGCGUGCCCGUGGGCGAGCUGCAGGCGCUGCCGGCCUGGCUGCGCGACCGCCUCUACCUGCACGGCAACCCGCUGGCCUGCGACUGCCCGCUCUUCCAGCUGGUUGCCCGUGGCCGGCGCCGCCGGCUGAGCGCCGUGGUGGAUUUCCAGGAGGAGCUGCAGUGCUGGCUGCCCGGCGCCUCGGCGUCCGUGGGGAUCCUGGCGCUGGCCGGCCGGCAGCCGCUCAACUGCAGCGAGGCGCGAGAAGCCGUGCUGGAGGCGCACCUGGGCGACAGCGUCACCCUGAGCUGCGACACCCGGCUGCGGGGGGUGCGCAGCCGGCACUGGGUGACGCCGGGAGGCGAGCGGGUGCUGGAGGAAGGGGGGAACGGCAGCGCCGCGCUCCUGGCCAACGGCAGCCUGCAGCUGCGUGCGCUGCGCCCCGAGGACACCGGCACCUACGCCUGCUGGGUGGCGGGGCCCCUCCUCAACGAGACCCUUUACGUGGAGCUGCUGGUGCACAACUUCACCCUGCACGGCCCCCACGACACCCUCAACACCGCCUACACCACGCUGGUGGGCUGCAUCCUCAGCGUGGUGCUGGUCCUCAUCUACCUGUACCUCACCCCAUGCCGCUGCUGCUGCUGCCGCGGCACCGACAAGCCGCCGGCUCCCCGCGACGACAGCAUCAACUCCUCGGUCCUCAGUGCCACCCCCAACCACGCCGCCGGGGUUCCCGGGGAGCCGUGCCGGUCCCGCUCGGCCUCCACCGCCGGCCUGGGGCAGAACGGCAGGUACAAGGUGGGGGGGACCCCGCAGCCGCCCCCCCGGCACGGCCCCAAGGCGCAGAGGAAGGUGUCGGAUCCGGACUCGGUCAGCUCCGUCUUCUCGGACACCCCCAUCGUGGUGUAGGGGGGGACAGGACAGUCCCCAGGGACACUCCAUGUCCCCACCCCUGUUGAGACUUGUCCCCAAGGGAUGUGCUGCAGGCAGGAGGGGCAGACUGGGCCCCCAGCACCGUGUCCCCAGCUUGGGGGACACACACAUGCAAUUGCCACCCUUGGUCUGAGCAUCGCUGCUGUCCACCCACCCCGGACUCUGCCAAGGCCACCGCCACCAUGGUGGCACCAUGUGACCGCGAGGGACAAGGGGUCUCCCAUGGGGACAGAUGGCUGCAGAGCCAGGGGACAGCAGCCCCACGUGGCACCACAGGACCAGGGGUGACAGCGCAGGGGCCAGCUCUGUGUGUGCCCCCCAGGGACAGCAGCACCAGGGCACCCACAGGCUGCAGCACUGGCGGGUCCCACUUUGGCAGCGCUGGCCCCCCCUCCACCGCCCGGCAUGUGUAUCGUGAAGCAUGGGUCCCACUGGGGAGCAUGUGCCACCCCGGCCAGCGCUCGGGGAGGGGGACACGAGGGACAUGUCACCCCACGGGUUGCAACCCCCCUAGCACCCUCCUGGCACCCCCAUGCAACCCACAGCUGCAAGCAGAGCCCCCCACAGGGGUGCCACCCAAAUGGGGGUGCCCUCCGCACCCCCUGGCCCUGCGCCCUCACAGCCCAGCCUGUGUCCCCCAUGUCCCCCCAUCCCCGGCCGUGUUCCCCCGCGCUGGCAGCUGCCCGCUGAUGCCUUGGCCAAAAUAAAGACGUUUCGCAUCAUA